AUGAAGCAGCGUUUCUCUUCCCUUGAUGUAAAGGUUAUUGCGGCUGAAUUGGCCACAUGUCUUCCUACAUUGCGUGUUUCGAACAUCUACGAUCUUUCCAGUCGAAUAUUCCUGGUCAAAUUUGCCAAACCCGGCCGACGGGAGCAGCUCCUUGUUGACUCUGGAUUCCGAUGUCACUUGACCUCUUUCUCGCGAACCGCGGCAAGCGCACCCUCGGCCUUCGUCAGUCGGCUGCGGAAGUACCUCAAGAGCAGGCGGGUGACAAAUGUACGCCAAGUUGGCACAGAUAGAGUCAUCGAAAUAACGUUCAGUGAUGGACAAUACCGGCUGUUUCUGGAGUUUUUUGCAGCCGGAAACAUAAUUGUAACAGACGCGGACUUGAAUGUCCUUGCUCUGCUGCGGCAGGUGAGCGAGGGGGAUGAGCAGGUUGAUGUCAAGCUGGGUGGGAAAUAUAUCCUUGAGGCGAAACAGAACUUCCACGGAAUUCCUCCCAUCACAAUUGACCGUGUAAAAGAGACUCUCGAAAAGGCUACACAGAGAACAAAAGCAGCAAAUGAGAUUGGAGGCAAAAAGGCGAAACGAGCAAAAGGAGGAGAUGAUCUGAGAAAGGCACUGAGCGCGGGCUUCCCAGAGUUUCCUGCUCAUCUGUUGGAGCACGUUUUUCGAGAGACAGGUGUGGACGGAAGCGCGAAGGCAGAGGAUAUUCUAGCGGUCACCCAACAAAUUGAAUUGGUUAUGAAGGCUCUGGAUCGUGCGCAGAGCAUCUUUAAGACCUUGGGAACUGGACAGUCCAAAGGGUUUAUUAUUGCGAAGACGAAGACUCCCCCUGACGACCAACCCUCAGACGCCCGAAAUCCCGAUCGAGACACCCUGCUUUAUGACGACUUUCAUCCCUUCAAGCCGUGCCAAUUUCAAGACAAACCUGGCAUUCACAUUUUAGAGUUUGACGGGUUCAACCGUACGGUCGACGAGUUCUACUCUUCAAUAGAAUCCCAAAAGCUAGAAUCUCGACUUACCGAACGAGAGCAGGCUGCAAAAAAGAAGCUGGAGAACGCAAAAGACGAGCACGGUAAAAGAAUAGGCGCACUUAAGCAAGUCCAAGAGCUCCACGUUCGAAAAGCUCAAGCUGUCGAAGCCAAUGUUCACCGCGUCGAGGAGGCAUGUGCUGCCGUCAACGGAUUGAUCGGACAAGGCAUGGACUGGGUCGACAUCGGAAAGCUGAUCGAGAAUGAACAGAAGCGGGGGAAUGUUGUGGCACAAAUGAUCAAGCUUCCGUUGAAACUGGAAGAAAACACCGUCACCCUGUUGCUCAAUGAGCCUGGAUUCGACGAGGAAGACGAAGAGGAUGAGGAUUACAAGUCAGACGAAGAAGAAGAUUCAGACGAAGACUCCCGCAAGCCCACCGCUAAACCGGUUGCAGAUAAACGACUGCCAAUUGAUAUCGACCUCGGGCUAUCACCAUGGGCAAAUGCUAGACAGUACUAUGAGCAAAAGAAGACUGCUGCGGUUAAGGAAUGGAAGACGAAGGAAGCAUCUACAAUGGCACUUCGAUCAGCCGAGAAGAAGAUAGAAGCAGAUCUGAAGAAGGGUCUCAAGCAGGAAAAAGCAGCUCUCAGGCCGGCAAGGAGGCAGUUCUGGUUUGAAAAGUUUCUGUACUUCAUCUCCAGUGACGGCUAUCUUGUGAUUGGAGGGAAGGACGCACAGCAGAACGAGCUGCUAUACAGACGGCACCUGAAGAAGGGUGACGUCUAUGUCCACGCUGAUCUCCAAGGCGCAUCGAGUGUGGUUGUGAAGAACAACCCGCGAAGCCCCGAUGCACCCAUCCCCCCAUCGACUUUGUCGCAGGCAGGUGCUCUCACUGUCUGCACAAGUAGCGCCUGGGAUUCCAAGGCCUUGAUGGGUGCAUGGUGGGUAAAUGCCGAACAGGUGAGCAAGACCGCGCCGACAGGAGAGUAUCUUACAACUGGUGGCUUCAUUAUCAGAGGUCACAAAAACCUGCUGCCUCCAAGUCAGCUUCUGUUAGGCUUCGGAGUCUUAUGGCUGAUCAGCGAAGAGAGCAGAGCUAACCAUGGGAAACACCGUCUUGGAAGGACUGAGAGCAUUAUCUCAGGAGAAGAGGACGCGCUGGCAAACGAUGCAAGAGGCCUAAGCAUAGAUGAGCAAGAAGCUGCAGAUGGGCAUGGAAAUGCAGUCCCCGACGUUGAAUCUGCCGCCGACUACGCUGAGGAGGAAGAGAAAGACGACAAUCGAGGGGCAAAUACAGAGGACGACCCUCAAGGUCAGGGGGCAGAAGUUGGCGGUGACAGCGACGAUGACGACAACGAUUCAGUUGCGUAUUCUGAAGCCGACAAUAGUCGCUCGAACCCUCUACAGCUCGACAGUGUCGGUCUUCAACAAGAUACAAAUGAGGCAGGAGACCAAAGGCCUGAGGUUGGUCUCGAUACGGACUCUGAGGGCAGGUCAGAGGAUGGCGAUAUUGAAGAUGGCUUCAACAGCGGGGACCCCGGCCGCGAGACAUCCACAGGACCAUCCCCCUCGGCAUCUUCACAACCGCAGUCCCAAUCCAAGCCCAAACCGCCACAGCUCACGCGUGGCAAGAGAACGAAGGCUAAGCGAGCCCAGAAAAAGUACGCGGAUCAAGAUGAAGAGGACCGUGCUCUUGCCAUGCUACUGCUCGGGUCUAAUCGCGGCCAAGAACGAAAACAGGCAGUAGAAGCCGAAAGGGCAGCGCGUGAAGCCAAGGCGGAAGCCGACCGAGAGCGACGCAAAGCGCAGCACGCCAAAGCCGCGGAAAAGGAACGUCAGCGGCGCGAGAGACUUGAAAAUGCGGCGCAGACUGGAGGUACAGCAGACGGGACCGGCAUUGCCGAGCUUGACGAAGAUGACGAGCUGAGUCGGGAGCAACUGGAACAAGAACGCCGUGACCUGCUGGACAUUGACCGGCUGGUGGCCAUGCCGGAACCGGGAGACGAGCUUCUGGCUGCGAUACCAGUAUGCGCACCCUGGACGGCACUCUCACGGCAGAAAUACAAGAUCAAGUUACAGCCGGGCAACGCCAAGAAGGGCAAGGCCGUCAAAGAGAUCCUAGGCUUCUGGACAUCUUUGGGUACCAAGGGCCCUAAGGUGGUGGACGAGUCAAACCGUGAUAAGGAGCGCGUGUGGAGGCGCGAGGUCGACCUGCUCAAGGAGUGGCGUGUCGAAGAGGUUGUCAGCCUUGUCCCCGUCAAAGGGUGCCGGAUUGUGCAGGGGGGCGGCAUGACGGGCUCACUGGGCGGCGGCGGCGGAAGCGGUGCCGGCAAGGGCAAGGCCGGUGCCGGCGGGAAAGGCAAGUCGAAAGGCAGUUCUGGCAGGAAGGGGAGAUAG